AUGACUCAAAAGCAAGUCUGCCAGCUGCCAGUGACUGGCAGCCUGGGGCAAAGCUGCCAGAUCAAUGUUGGGUCUUGUUGGGUGUCCUUCUUGUCUGCCAUGGGUGUUGGUGCUGGCUUCUCCUGCACCGGGGCAUUAGGGAGCGUGAAGGGUUUAGUGCUGAGCCUCUGGGGCUGCAAACAAGUCAAGCGUGGAGGUCAGAAACUUAUCCGAAAAAGAAAAAAGAAAGCAGCACCCCAUUCCCCACCCUGUCCCUCUCGGAAAGCCUCUCUGGAUGGCUGGCCCUGGGAGCCAGGGCGUUUGGAAAAGGACCAGGAAUCACAGGAGUGGGCAGUGCUGGUGCUGCCUCAAAUCCCCUGGGGUGCAUUCUCCGAAGUUGUUUUGGCUGAAGAGAGAGCAAGUGGGAAACUCUUUGCAGUCAAGUGCAUUCCCAAGAAGGCACUGAAGGGAAAGGAAAGCAGCAUAGAGAAUGAAAUUGCAGUCCUGAGAAAGAUCAAGCAUGAAAAUAUAGUUGCCCUGGAAGACAUCUAUGAGAGUCCGAACCAUUUAUAUCUGGUCAUGCAAUUAGUGUCUGGGGGAGAGCUUUUCGACCGCAUCGUUGAGAAAGGGUUCUACACUGAGAAGGAUGCCAGCACACUGAUUCGGCAGGUCCUGGAUGCUGUCUACUACCUGCACCGAAUGGGCAUCGUGCACAGGGACCUCAAGCCUGAGAACCUGCUUUACUACAGCCAAGAUGAAGAGUCAAAAAUCAUGAUCAGUGACUUUGGAUUGUCAAAGAUGGAGGGUAAAGGAGAUGUGAUGUCCACAGCCUGUGGGACUCCUGGCUAUGUGGCUCCUGAAGUGCUGGCCCAGAAACCCUACAGCAAAGCCGUGGACUGCUGGUCCAUCGGGGUCAUCGCAUACAUCCUGCUCUGUGGAUAUCCCCCCUUCUAUGACGAGAAUGACUCCAAACUCUUUGAGCAGAUCCUUAAGGCGGAGUAUGAGUUUGACUCUCCAUAUUGGGAUGACAUCUCCGAGUCUGCUAAAGACUUCAUUCGGAAUCUGAUGGAGAAGGACCCUAAUAAAAGAUACACCUGUGAGCAAGCAGCACGGCACCCUUGGAUCGCUGGUGAUACAGCACUCAACAAAAACAUCCAUGAGUCAGUCAGCGCUCAGAUCCGGAAGAACUUUGCGAAAAGCAAAUGGAGACAAGCGUUUAACGCCACAGCGGUCGUGCGACACAUGAGGCGGUUACACCUCGGCAGCAGCCUGGACAGCGCGAGCACCAGCGUGUCGAGCACCCUCAGCCUCGCCGCGCCGCUUCCCGACGCAGCCACCCGGAAAGAUUCUUUGAUUGUUGAUUUUUACCUCCAGAGUCACAGAGGCCAUCUCUGAUGCCAACAGCAGUGCUCUUGCUGGGAACACAAAACAAAACAAAAAAUCCAGAAAACCUCCAGCUGGCCCCUUAGCCUGCAGAAGAAGUUGUGAGGACAGGCUGCCCAUGAACUCUGCGAGCUGAAAGUCAGUGUUGCAGUGGCAGGGGCUUCCGCUGCUGAUUUUGCAUGUGACUUCAUUCCCAGUGCAUCCUAACUUUCUGCUGGAUCACCCCCUCUGCAGCACGAAAUGGAUAUUGGCCCCGCAGCACAGCUAGUGGGGAAGUAGGAGCACGGGGAAAACUUGGCAGUGAUGCUUUCCUGAGACUGUGUUACUCUGCUGGUGAUGUCUCUUCUGUCCUGGUUGCUAUUGUACAGGUGCCAUUAGAGUAGUGGG